CACGAGGAGCAUCUAGAAGCGCAGAAGCGGUGGUGAUGCUUUGGGAAGCGGAGCUGGAACGCGCUGGGCUCCGGUGAGGCGUGCGGGUUUAUCAUGACGGUGUUCAGGCAGGAAAACGUGGAUGACUACUACGACACCGGAGAGGAGCUCGGCAGCGGACAGUUUGCAGUGGUGAAGAAAUGCCGAGCGAAGAGCACCGGGCUGCAGUAUGCUGCCAAGUUCAUCAGGAAGCGGAGGACCAAGUCCAGCCGGCGGGGUGUGAGCCGGGAGGACAUCGAGCGGGAGGUUGGCAUCCUGAAGGAGAUCCAGCACCCCAACAUCAUCACGCUGCACGAGGUGUAUGAGAGCAAGACGGAUGUUGUUCUGAUUCUGGAACUCGUUGCAGGUGGCGAGCUGUUUGACUUCUUAGCUGAAAAGGAAUCUCUGACUGAAGAGGAAGCGACUGAAUUUCUCAAGCAGAUUCUUAAUGGUGUUUACUACCUGCACUCGCUUCAGAUUGCGCACUUCGAUCUCAAGCCUGAGAACAUAAUGCUUUUGGAUAGAAAUGUUCCCAAACCUCGGAUCAAAAUCAUCGACUUCGGCUUGGCCCAUAAAAUUGACUUUGGAAAUGAAUUCAAGAACAUAUUUGGAACACCAGAGUUUGUCGCUCCCGAGAUAGUCAACUAUGAACCGCUGGGUCUUGAGGCAGAUAUGUGGAGUAUCGGAGUAAUCACCUAUAUUCUCCUAAGCGGGGCCUCCCCAUUUCUUGGGGACACUAAGCAAGAAACAUUAGCGAACGUAUCUGCAGUCAACUAUGAAUUCGAGGAAGAAUACUUCCGUAAUACCAGUGCCCUUGCCAAAGAUUUCAUCAGGAGACUUCUGGUCAAGGAUCCAAAGAAGAGGAUGACAAUUCAGGACAGUCUGCAACAUCCCUGGAUCAAGCCUAAAGAUACGCAACAAGCACUUAGUAGAAAAGCAUCAGCAGUAAAUAUGGAGAAAUUCAAGAAGUUUGCAGCCCGGAAAAAAUGGAAACAAUCCGUUCGCUUGAUAUCACUGUGCCAAAGACUGUCUAGGUCAUUCUUGUCCAGAAGUAACGUGAGUGUUGCCAGAAGUGAUGAUACGCUGGAUGAGGAGGACUCCUUCGUGAUGAAAGCCAUCAUCCAUGCCAUCAACGAUGACAAUGUCCCAGGCCUGCAGCACCUUCUGGGCUCAUUGUCCAACUACGAUGUUAACCAACCUAGCAAGCAUGGGACACCUCCAUUACUCAUUGCUGCUGGUUGUGGGAAUAUUCAAAUACUACAGCUGCUCCUAAAAAGAGGCUCAAGAAUUGAUGUCCAGGAUAAGGGCGGAUCCAAUGCUGUGUACUGGGCAGCUCGGCAUGGCCACGUGGACACUUUGAAAUUUCUCAGUGAGAAUAAGUGCCCUUUGGAUGUGAAGGACAAGUCUGGAGAGACAGCCCUGCACGUGGCAGCUCGCUAUGGCCACGCAGAUGUAGUUCAGCUUCUGUGUAGCUUCGGAUCCAAUCCUGACUUCCAGGACAAGGAAGAGGAAACACCCCUGCACUGUGCCGCUUGGCAUGGCUAUUACUCUGUGGCCAAAGCCCUCUGCGAAGCCGGCUGUAAUGUGAACAUCAAGAAUCGGGAAGGAGAGACACCGCUCCUGACAGCCUCCGCGAGAGGCUAUCAUGACAUCGUGGAGUGUCUGGCUGAGCACGGAGCCGAUCUGAAUGCCUGUGACAAGGAUGAGCAUAUUGCCCUUCAUCUUGCUGUGCGACGGUGUCAGAUGGAGGUCAUCAAGACUCUCAUAAGCCAAGGGUGUCCAGUCGACUUCCAGGACAGGCAUGGCAACACCCCACUUCACGUGGCCUGCAAAGAUGGCAAUGUGCCUAUUGUGGUGGCCCUCUGUGAAGCAAACUGUGCUUUAGACAUCUCAAACAAGUAUGGACGGACGCCUCUACACCUUGCUGCCAACAACGGGAUCCUUGAUGUGGUCCGAUACCUCUGUCUGAUGGGAGCCAGUGUGGAGGCACUGACCUUGGAUGGAAAGACAGCAGAGGAUCUUGCUAAGUCAGAACAGCACGAGCAUGUGGCAGGUCUCCUCGCAAGGCUCCGAAAGGACACGCAUCGAGGGCUCUUCAUCCAGCAGCUCCGUCCCACACAGAACCUGCAGCCGAGAAUCAAGCUCAAGCUCUUCGGCCACUCAGGCUCUGGGAAAAGCACCCUGGUAGAAUCUCUCAAGUGCGGGCUGCUGAGAAGCUUCUUCCGCAGGCGCCGACCCCGCCUCUCCUCCACCAGCUCCACUCGCUUCCCGCCAUCACCUCUGGCUACAAAACCCACCGUCUCUGUGAGCAUCAACAACCUGUAUCCGGGCUGUGAGAAUGUGAGCGUGAGAAGCCGCAGCAUGAUGUUUGAGCCCAGGCUCACCAAGGGGAUGCUGGAAGUGUUCGUGGCUCCAUCUCAUCAUCUGCACUGCUCGGCUGAUGACCAGUCCACCAAGGCCAUUGACAUCCAGAACGCCUAUUUGAAUGGAAUUGGCGAUUUCAGUGUGUGGGAGUUCUCCGGAAAUCCUGUGUACUUCUGCUGCUAUGAUUAUUUUGCUGUAAAUGAUCCUACAUCAAUCCACAUCAUUGUGUUCAGUUUAGAAGAACCCUAUGAGAUUCAGCUGAACCAAGUGAUUUUCUGGCUCAGUUUCCUGAAGUCUCUAGUCCCGGUGGAGGAACCCAUAGCCUUUGGUGGUAAGCUGAAGAACCCACUCCGAGUGGUCCUGGUAGCCACCCAUGCUGACAUCAUGAAUGUCCCUCGUCCAGCUGGAGGCGAGUUUGGAUAUGACAAAGACAUGUCAUUACUGAAGGAAAUCAGGAACAGAUUUGGGAAUGAUCUCCACAUUUCAAAUAAGUUGUUUGUGCUGGAUGCUGGAGCUUCUGGGUCUAAGGACAUGAAGGUACUUCGGAAUCACCUCCAAGAAAUUCGGAGUCAAAUAGUCUCGGGCUGCCCCCCCAUGACUCACCUGUGCGAGAAAAUCAUUUCCAUACUGCCAUCCUGGAGGAAGCUCAAUGGGCCCAAUCAGCUAAUGUCCCUGCAGCAGUUUGUAUAUGAUGUGCAAGACCAACUGAACCCCCUGGCCAGCGAGGAGGACCUCAGGCGCAUCGCACAGCAGCUCCACAGCAUAGGCGAGAUUAACAUCAUGCAGAGUGAAACGGUACAGGAUGUACUGCUCCUGGACCCUCGUUGGCUCUGCACUAAUGUUCUGGGAAAGCUGCUCUCAGUAGAGACACCCCGUGCCUUGCACCAUUACCGGGGCCGCUACACCAUGGAGGACAUUCAGCGCCUGGUGCCUGAUAGUGAUGUGGAGGAGUUGCUGCAGAUUCUGGACGCCAUGGACAUCUGUGCACGGGACUUGAGCAGUGGGACCAUGGUGGAUGUCCCUGCCCUGAUCAAGACUGACAACCUACAGCGCUCCUGGGCUGAGGAAGAGGAUGACAUCAUGGUGUAUGGCGGAGUGCGCAUUGUCCCUGUAGAGCAUCUCACUCCUUUCCCUUGUGGCAUUUUUCACAAGGUGCAGGUGAACCUGUGCCGCUGGAUCCACCAGCAGAGUGUCGAAGGUGAUGCUGACAUUCGCCUGUGGGUGAGUGGCUGCAAGGUCACCAACCGUGGGGCUGAGCUGUUAGUGCUGCUUGUCAACCAUGGCCAGGGCAUUGAGGUUCAGGUGCGUGGGCUGGAGACCGAGAAGAUCAAGUGCUGCCUGCUGCUGGACUCCGUGUGCAGCACCAUCGAGAACGUCAUGAGCACUACGUUACCAGGGCUGCUGACAGUGAAGCACUACCUGAGCCCACAGCAGCUUCGAGAGCACCAUGAGCCCAUCAUGGUCUACCAUCCCCGGGACUUCUUCCGAGCACAGACCCUGAGGGAGAGCUCCCUGACCAACACUAUGGGUGGGUACAGAGAGAGCUUCAGCAGCAUCACCUGCUUUGGAUGUCAUGAUGUCUACUCCCAGGCCAGCCUGGGCAUGGACAUCCAUGCAUCAGACCUGAACCUCCUGACCCGUAGGAAACUGAGUCGCCUGCUGGAUCCACCUGACCCCAUGGGGAAGGACUGGUGCCUUCUUGCCAUGAACUUGGGCCUCCCUGACCUUGUGGCCAAGUACAACAGCAGCACUGGGGCUCCUGGGGACUUCCUCCCCAGCCCCUUGCACGCGCUGCUGCAGGAAUGGACCUCCUACCCAGAGAGCACUGUGGGUGUCCUUGUGUCUAAACUGAGGGAGCUGGGGCGCCGGGAUGCUGCCGACUUUUUACUGAAGGCCUCCUCUGUGUUCAAAAUCAACUUUGAUGGCAGUGGCCAGGAGGCCUAUGCCUCAAGCUGCAACAGUGGCACAUCUUACAAUUCCAUCAGCUCUGUAGUUUCCCGGUGAGGGAGGCCAUGGCUUGAGCAAUGCCUCCAUGACUGCAGCAGCAAAGGGGCAUUAUCCGUCCUUCCCUGGGGUGCUGGGGCUUCCCUUCCUGUACCUGCAUCCUGAAGAUGCCCCCUUCCUCCUCUUCACCAUGUCACUUCCUCCUCUCCCUCACACAGUCUGUGUGUGGCUGGUCUUUCUUAUGCAGUGCACGCCCCAUCCUUCACUUUGGCCACUCAGAAACCUGGCUCCUGCCUCUCAGUGUUUUGGACACUGUCUGUGAUUUACAGUGCUUUCCUUCACAGUUUUAUUGGAAUUCCAAACUUUUCAGUGAAAUUUUUAAACUACUUUAUUGAUUGUCCUUUUAAAUAAGGAAAGAAAAGUGCACAUUUAUUUGCAAUGUGUAUUUCUUAUACUCUGUUCUUAAACUAGCUCCACAGCUUCUCUCUUUUGUAUUUGUAGGAAACUGAUGCUUGAACCCCACUAUAUGAUUUAUAAAUAGACAAUGUGAGUGCCUUUUGCAGAAGAGGGCGUGUUUGAAAUCAUCUGAGUCAGCCAGGAGCUGUCACCAAGGAAAUGCUACCUCUCUGUCCCUUCCGUAUGCUGAUUAUCACCAGUGGUGCUUCACCCUGAGUGUUUUUAUUUUGGGUGGGAAUGGGCAGUAUCUGUUUUUUGUGUGUUUUUGUUUUGGCUUGGUUUAGUUGGCAAGAAACGGGGAGGAAGGACUCUUCCUCUAGGAUGAUUUUAUGACCAGUGUUAUCGCUGUGAGAUGUUUUCCAGUUUGCUUUUGUUGAAACAUCCAUAUGAACAUGCACAAAAAACUCACAAACUGUCAUACUUUGUCAUUUUCCUCUCAUCUCAGGUAGAAAGUUGACACAGUUGCAGAGUUGUGGAGACCUGUAUAAAAAAUCAGAAUACCUGGACUCGUGAUUUGUGGCAGUCUGUUUUAAUUGGUAUAUAGCAGAUAGUUUCCACAUUUAGAUCCUGCUUGGAUCACUUCUUAUACUUGAAGUCUUAAAAGAAAGAGAGGAAGCAAGUUUUCUUGCAGUGAUUUCAAAUUGUAAUAGAAUUUUAGAUUAAUAUGAAGGAACAUGUUUUAAUUCUGUCCCAAGGCGCAUGUAUGUUACUGUUAUAUCAUCUAUAUAUAUCUAUAUAUAGGUAUCUCUCUGUCUAUCUAUAUAUAUAUAUCUGCGCACUAUGUAUAUACUUAUAUAUUAAUACUGGUAUUUUUACUUAUCUGUAAUAUGUCUUUGAAGAAUUAAGUUUGUUUCCCUUCCUUUUUUAAAAAAAAAUAUACCAUUGCUUAUUGCA